AAUGAAAUCACCCGGUGCGCUACUCCCAAAUGUCUUCCAUAGGCCCACAAAUCCCAGCACACUUCCUUCCAACCGUCGCAUCCGCCGAGGAUUCUGAUGAAGACGACGAUUACACACCAGCUCUUCCACCCGACCUUGCUGCCUCCCGCGCAGCUGGGCCUUCGUUGCCGUCAAAGAGCGAAUCGAAUAUAGCGCCUCCAAAACGCCAAUACGUAGGACCAUCAUUACCUGGCUCGCAAGCUCCUUACGAUGACGACUCGGAUUUAGAUGUUGGGCCCCAACCGCUUCCUGCAAUUUACGCUUCGCGCAUAGAAGAAAAGUCGGGCGUGGAAGAGUUCUUAGAGAGGGAGGAAAGGAGAAGGAAGCUUCAGGAAGAGGCAAGCAAACCGAAAAAGCUUCAGCGGGAAGAGUGGAUGCUUGUACCCCCAAAAAGCGGCGACUUAUUGGCGUCACUUGACCCGACGAAAUCCAGGCCUCGUCAGUUCGCACGUAGCGCUGCACCAUCGCGAGACAAUUCUGGAUCCUCCCUUUGGACUGAGACACCCGCGGAAAAACAACAACGCCUUGCUGAUGAAGUUGCUGGACGGAAACGACGUGCAGCAAAUGCACCGCCAGAAGAUGACUCACCUGAAACAGCCAAGCGACGACGACGGGAUGAGGAGAUCCGCAGAGGAGUCGAAGAGCACACACGCAAGGCUCGUGGUUCAGCCCUUGUUGAGUCACACAUAGAACGAGAAAAAGAGGAAGAGACGCACAAACAGAGCGAACCCUCGGUCAUAUGGGAUCAUGAACGUGACAUGUCUCUAGGUGGACGGCUUAUGGAUGAUAAACAGAGGCAGAAGAUGCUUCGGGAUGCCAAAGGACUUGGAGAGCGUUUCGGUAGUGGGCGCAGCGGAGGUUUUUUGUAAGUUCCUGGCACUGCCAAAGACGCUGGAACUCUAUCCAGUCUUCCGUAGCAUCUCGUGAGUUCUACCGAUUUUCUUAUUCGUGGCAUAUUUUUUUUGCAUGAUAUGUCUUAUGUCAUUAGCUAUAUACAGCUCUCUUUCUACUAUCUCGCCCAGUGCAAUCGAUGCAUCAUCGUCAACGCCA